AUGGCUGAUGGAUCUGCUCAGCAUUCUGCCCAAGAGUCCACUAACAACGCUGGAUCGGAUUCGAUAUAUUCGAAGUGGAUUAUUAUCAUAUAUCUCUUUUUUUUUGCGUCUCUUGGGUACAUUGGGGCUUAUUGUAUUCUUCUCGUAAUGUUCUUUUAUUUCAAGGUUCCUGUGAGGGCGCAAGACUUUUGGGGACUUUUUGGCGGAUUUAUUGGGGCGAUAUCAUUAUUUCUUUGUUUGGCGCAUAUGCUCUACCCGGGGUGGUACAAGCAAGCUGGUAGAGUGCUGCCAAACAUGUGUGCCGCAGUAAUAUGUACGGCUUCUCUGAAUGUCGUUGGUUUCGUCUUCUAUCGUAAUGUAAAGAAAAUAAUAGGAUUUGAAAAGAUGAACGAUAUUGCUUUCUAUGGUGUCUGGUUUGUUAACGUUGCCGUGUUUGUUUUAUUUUGGAUGAAUCCAAUUUCCCGUGAACGAUUUAGAUUAUUAGUCAUUGAUAUAGGAAACGGCGCAUAUGCCAUAGGAAACGGUGCAAAUGCCAUAGGAAACGGUAUAGGAAACGGCGCAAAUGCCAUAGGAAACGGUAUAGGAAAUGCUGUGAAUCAUGCGUUUGGGACAAAUCAAGGAGACGAAGCAUCUCAAAACGAAGAAAUCGAGCUUCAACCUUUUGCUGGACAAAGCGCUGAAGUUUGA